AUGCUUGCUGAAAUUAGAUCAUCAUAAUCUAACUAGGAUGGACAGCUCAAUUAUUUAAACUUUCCCAUGAUCAGUUUAUAAAGUGAAUAAGUUAUUGGAAGUUUUUCAAAAUAUUCAGUUCUGAAUAAUAUUCAACAUUUAGGGAAUAGACAGAAACAAGAUUCCCAUAAAUACUUAAUAUAUAUGGCAAAAUAAGUAAAAACUUUAGAGCUUAGGAUAACAUAUUAUGCUGACUUUCUAAUAAACCUCAAAAGAAUUGAUCAUUAUUUUAUUGUUUAAUGUUGCUCGAAUACUUAUUUUGAAGCCUAAUUUAGUAUAAACACCUUAAAUUAUGAGGGAAAAUGGUGUUUAUAGUAUUUGUACUUUAAGGAUGAAACAGAAUUAAUAAUUGGGUUAGAUUGUGGUGAUUAAAAUUAAUUCAAAAGUUAUUAAAGUGAUAUAGAUUGCUUUUAAGACCUAAUAUAUAUUAAUGGAUAGAGUAUUUAAGUAUUUUAUUAAUUUAUAAUAGAUUUUGAAUUAGGAAUAUUAAUCAAAUUUAAAUCUAAUUAAUUUUCCAGGAUAGGUGAAGAUAUUUUAACUAUAAAACUUUAUGCUUUUAACUGAAUAUAAAAAAGAGUUUUUGAAUGGCAUUAGUUAAAAAUUAACAGUUAAUCCAUUUAUUAAUUAUUUAUAAUUCUCUUCGGAAAAUAUUGCGAAUUAUGUUAGUUAACUAAGUUUUAGUAAUAGUUAUGAUAUUCAAUUCUGGUCAAAAAUAAACAUUAAAGAUAUUUAUUAAAAAUAAAUUUGUAUACUUUAAAUAAAACCUUAUGUUGUUAAAUUUAGUCUAGACUUAAAGAUAUUUUAAUUAAGUUUUAUAAAAUAAUAAGAAUAAUGGUCUUACAUUAUUGAAUAUUAUUCAUAUAGCUACCCUUAUAUAAUAGACAUAGAUUUAAUAAACGAAUUAAAAAAAAGUUUCUCUUAAAAUAUUGAAGAGGAAGUGAUCACUUAAUGGCAUUUUGUAUAAAUUAAAUAUGUAUUGGAUACUCUUUAAUUUUAAUUGAAUAGUUUUAUAAAAAAUAAAAAAUAUGAGUUGAAAUUUGAAUAGAUUUAUUAAUUUACAGAUAUAAUAAUAGCCUUUUAAUUUGGAGAGAAUGAUAACAACAGAAUAGAGGGAGAAGUAGCUUAAUUUAACUAUUACAAUUAUGUCAAUCUAACCAGUGAAUAAGAUGAUGAAGAAUAACAAAAAGUUUGUCAUUAUUCUUGUUUAAAUUGUUGGGGCCCUUUUUAUAACCACUGUUUAUCUUGUUUGGAAUCAAAUAAUCGGAUAUUUGAUUAAUAAGCUAAUACUUGCAGAUGUAAAUUGUGGUAUUUAGAGGAAAAACAAGCCAAAUGUUAUGGAUUAGAAGAUAUUGAAUUUAUUAAGGAGACCUUUGAGUAUUUAUCUAAAGAUGAUAGAUAUGAAUCUGAAGAUUAAGAUAUAAUAUGUGCGUUUGGGUAUUUUCAAUUAAAUGGCAUUUGCAUGUAAUGGUAUUUAUUUUUCAUUAAAAAUAGUCCUUCUGCUACUUAAAAGGGAAUGAUUAAUUGUAUAGAAUGUUUAGUAAAUCCUUAACAAUGGCUAAAGAAUGGAAUCUGUUUCAAACGCUAUUAACAAUAGAUUGGAUCUUUAAAUAAUGUAUAUUAAUAAUACAGUAUAACAUCAAAAUUACGAGAACAGUAUUUUGUUGUAAAUGAAGAAGUGGUCGCUUGUGAUGGAUGCGAAAUUUGUGAAAGAUUCGAUAAAGAUUAUUGCUUUUUAUAUGUAGACAAACAUUUAGAUUAAGAUGUAUACAUAUAUUGCCAAUAUGGUGAGUUCUAAAUGGAUGUGAAAAAAUGUUUUGAUAAUUAUUAAAAUAAAGCUAAUAAUUAUAAAUGUAAUUAAUAUUGUGGUGAUUGUAUAAUUGGAAAAUGCUAAUUUUGUAAAGAUCCUUCGAAAUAUUUUAUGGAUAUUUUUGGAAUUUGUAGAUUAUGUAAUAUUAAAAAUUGCAAAUACUGUUUUUAAUAUAAUUUAUUGGACAAAAAUUAAGUUUCUCCUUUGAAAGAUGAAAUUUCAUAAAAUGAAGAAGACUACGUUAUCGCUUGCUCAUUAUGUUUUUCAGGAUAUAUUUUCGAUUUUUCAAUUAAUCAAUGUAUAGAAUAUAUUGCAGAUAAUUAUUGCAUUGAUGGUUUUAUUAUAGAAGACUAGUUUAUCUGUACUAAAACUCUCUUAUCUAAAUCAGAAAUAUCAAAUAAUAUAGCAAUCGAGUUUAGUAAUUGUUAACAAUACUAUUCUAGUUGUUCUAAAUGCUUCUAAGACUUUUUUGGAAUGAUCACAUGCACAGAAUGUGCGUAUGGUUAUUAUCUUAAUUUUUUGAAUGGCAUUUGCUAUUCUUGUUCAGCUAAAUUCAACAAUUCAAAAAUAUGCUAAAUGAAAACUUCCUCGAAUGAUAAUUGGAAAAAUUAAGUACAUAGCUUUUAUACAAAUUUUAAACCCAAUAAGAUUCCAAUUCAUUUAAAAGGGUUUUAUUUUAUCUAAUAUUAUGAAAUUUUGAAAUGCGAAGAUGGCUAUGAAACAGAAGCUUUCGUUUGUUUAAAACUCAAAAAUAAAGAUUGUCUUGAACAUGAUGGAAGAGCGAGUGAUUGUAAAGUUUGCAAAAAUAGUUUUGAUGAUCUUCCAGUUCUAUCUUAUUUUGAUUAUCAAUGUUAACCAUGCCCUUAUCCUUGUUAAGUAUGUUAAAAAAUGUCUUUAGAUUCAGUAUCAGAAAUUAAUCCAUAUUUUAUUGUAAAUGAACAAUCCAUUAAUCAGACUCAUUUUUGUCUUUUGAAUUUUAAUGAAAAUUAAACAUUUAUUGAAACUCAAACAGGAUAAAUUAGAGGUAGGGAUUUAGCUUAAAGAAGAUAUUUUAUAAAAUUGGAGCAUUUAAAUUUUCCAUCUCUUCAAAAUCCCGUUAAAAAAUUUGAUUUUUCUUCGUUGAAUUUGUUAAAAAGAAUUAAGCCUGCAGUUUUUAUAUAAAAACAUAAUAGUAAAACUGAUUCGGCAUCCUUUAAUAUAAGGGAAUAAAUAUUUUCCUUGAAAAAUUCAACUUAUAUAUAUGAUGGAUACAAUGACAGCCAACAUGAAAAAUAAUUUGUAAUAGUGAAUUAAUCCACUGUCAAUUUAAGAAAUAUUAAUAUUUUUCAUUCAUCAAAUAGUUUUUAUUUACAUACAAAAUUUGGCUUAUCUAUAUUUAUAAGAAACAUUUCAAUCUCAAAUUUAAAUUUAGAAAAAACUAUUUUUUUAAUUUCAUAAGCAACUAGUAUUUAUAUUCAUACAAUUCUUUUGUUGAAUUUGAGGCUAAUAAAUUAACCUCUAUUUUUCAUCCAACAUUAUCCAAAUCAAUCAAAACAUAAAUUUUAUAUACAUAUAGAAAAUAUUGUAAUUUUUGAAAGUAGCUUUAUAAAUACUACAAUUUUUUAAUUUUUUUUAGAAAGUGAAUUAAACUUUUCAUACAUAGAUAUAAAUUCUAUAAACGUAGUAAAUACCUAGUUUGAAAAUGCUUCUNUGCAUUGA